UGUGGACCUGAGCGCAGAAGAAGAAGAAGAAGCAGCAGCAUCAUCCUCAGAAGAAGAAGAAGAUAAGGGUCAUCAUACGAUACUUGCUCAUCACAGACAACCGCUCAGGAUUUCAGGCAUUCUUCCCCUAACUUCCUCUGGCCUGACGGACCCACCAGCCAAUCACCAUGAACUACCUCCGCCGGCGCCUGUCAGACAGCAGCUUUGUGGCCAACCUCCCCAACGGCUAUAUGAUGGACCUGCAGAGGCCGACCCCUCAAGGCUCGUCCACUACCUCCACUUCCUCCACUUCCUCCACUUCCUCCACUUCCUCCCCCGCCUCCCCGGCCACAGAGAGGCGGCAGCCCCCGAGCAUCCCGACCCCGGCUUCCAACCCAGCCCCAGGCUCCGGCUCAGGCUCCGCCGCAGGCACGGGCACGGGCUCGACUUCGGGCGCGGGGGGCUUCCUCAGCUCCUUCUCCAGCGUGGUGAAGAGUGCUCAGAUGGCCCAGAACGUCGCUGCCGCUGCACACGCUAAGUCAGCAGCAACCGCAGCUGAAGGGGCCCCAACAGGAAGCAGUCAGCCACCUAAACCUGUCGUACGCAAGCCCAAGAUCCUGCUGGUUAUCGAUGAUCAGCACACAGACUGGGCGAAGUAUUUUCGAGGGAAGAAACUGAACGGAGAGUAUGAGAUCCGGGUGGAGCAGGCUGAGUUCUCAGAGAUCAACCUGGCCUCCUACGUCAACUCGGGCUGUAUGGUGGACAUGCAGGUCAACAAAGGUGGCACCAGAGUGGUCAGGUCCUUCAAGCCAGACUUCGUCCUGGUUCGCCAGCACGCCUACAGCAUGAUCCCCGGCGAGGAUUUCAGGAACCUCGUGAUCGGCCUGCAUUUCGGCGGCGUCCUGGGCAGCAACUCACUCUUCUCCAUCUACAACUUCUGCAGCAAACCUUGGGUGUUUUCUCAGAUGAUAAAGCUCUAUCACUCCCUCGGUCCUGAGAAAUUCCCCCUGAAUGAACAAACCUUCUAUCCCAACCACACGCAGAUGGUUACAACCCCCUCCUACCCUGUGGUGGUCAAGAUGGGGCACGCUCACGCAGGCAUGGGGAAGAUCAAAGUGGAAAACCAACAGGACUUCCAGGACAUCACCAGCGUGGUGGCUCUGGCCGGGACCUACGCCACCACCGAGCCCUACGUACUGUCCAAGUACGAUAUCCGCAUCCAGAAGAUCGGCAGCAACUACAAGGCGUACAUGAGAACGUCCAUCUCUGGGAACUGGAAGGCAAACACAGGCUCUGCCAUGUUGGAACAGAUCGCAAUGACCGACAGAUAUCGGCUGUGGGUGGACUCCUGCGCGGAGAUGUUUGGUGGCCUCGACAUCUGUGCGGUCAAGGCCGUCCACGGAAAAGACGGCAACGACUAUAUCAUCGAGGUGAUGGACAGCUCCAUGCCCCUCAUCGGUGAGCACGUGGAGGAGGAUAAACAGCUGAUCACAGAGCUGGUCAUCAAUAAGAUGACCCAGGAGCUGCUGGGAGUGUCCACACCUCAGCCUUCCUCUGUCAAGACCACACAGCCCAGGCGAGCAGGGGGACACCGCUCUGCUUCCGCCUCUCCAUCUCAGUCGGCCCAGGGUUCACCUCAGCGAGCCCGAUCAGCCAGCACUUCCCCCAGCCAGGCCUUCCAGCCCGGUCCCAUCCCUGCCGCCUCCGGGCCCGGAGCUCAGAAACAGUCGCCGCAGCUGAACAAAUCCCAGUCGCUGACCAACACCUUCACAGAGACGUUACGAGGAAGCCUGACCGACGAUGAGGCCAAAGCCGAGACCAUCCGCAGCCUCCGACAGUCCUUCGCCAGCCUCUUCUCCGACUAA